UCACCGCCGCGCACACAGUGUCAGUGACUUCAACGCCCGGCUUAGUUUCUGGCUGUCUUUCUAUGACGAUAUACCGCGUGCGCUCUAAGUUUCCGUUACUAGCUCGGUAUAUAUGAUAAUAAUAAUAUAUCGGUGAUUUUUUUAUUUUUUUUUAUUAUUGAUUUAUAAACAUUUUUUUUUAUUAUUAAUAUUUUAAUAAAAAUAACAUCGAAGAACACAACUUUGACCGAUUGGCCCAGUUAAUUUUUUACUCACACGGUGCUUUUGUUGACAUUGUUUCUCGUUUGUCUUAAAACAAAUUAAUAACUUUAGUACUUAAGUAUUGUUUUUAAAUUCAAGUUUUGUGUAGUGCGUGUGUUUGUGCGCGUGUGCGUUGUACGCUAACGUAUAUUCUGUCUGAAAAUAUACGUACAUAAAACGUCGCGGUCAGUGUGUUUGACAUAAAAAUGUGAUUGAGCGUCCCUACAAUAGAUACGAUGUGGAGGAUUAAUUUUAAAAUGAAUAUUCUACUGCUGCUUAUCAUCACCAUAAUCGGUGUGGCGAGCGGCGAAAACGACAGCAGCGGACGUUCAUCUUCGGACGAAGUGGUGCGAGUUGUGCGCAGAAGGCACCUCGACGAGGCGACCAAGACGGGCCAUGAAUCGAACGAGAUAGACGACGACCAACACCGUCGGCGGGUCGACAUGUCGCUGACCAGGGCCGAAGAAUUCAAGUCGACCGCAGCCGCAACCAUGCCGCAGACUGAAGCGGCGGCGGCAGCGAUGCUCGACGGCGGCGGCGGCGGCGACGACGACUCUCGACUGAUCGCGUCGUCUGCGGUCCAGCAGCAGCAGCCGACGGCGGACGAACAGACGUCCCAGUCGCAAUACUAUUACGAGUACGUGGGACCGACAAAGAUCGGUUCGGGGGAAGCCAAGAGGGCUUCGUCGCGUGGCAGAUCACUCGUACCGACGGAGCCCGAUACUGCAGCGCAACAGUCGCAGCAGAGACGACAGCAGCAGCAGCAGCAGCAGCAGACGGAUGCGGCGCCGGCGACGGACCGACAGCAGAUCCGUAAGGCCGGCAACAGCGACAUGGAAGACAUACUGGACGGGUUCGUCAAACUGUUGAACGGUCAACCGGGCCAAGCGGGUUACCGGCAGCCCAUCAAGACGCGCAUCAACAACCGCGGACCGCCGCGCAUAUCGGACGCUUCGGUCGUACUGGAACCGCCGGCGUUCGUGCCGAUGCCGCAACACCAGCACCAACACCAGCCGCAGCCGCAGCAGCCGCAACAACAGCACCAGCAGCAACAGCAACAGCAGCAACAGCACCAGCAGCAACAGCUACAGCCGCAGAACAAGCCGAAAGACCCGCCGCCGUAUCCGUUCGACGUGCCGCAGCCCGUGGUCCGGCCUCUGCCGCCGCAACCGCCCAACCUCGUCAAACCGUUCUUGACCGGCGUGCCGUUGCCCGAACAGUUGGUGCCCACCGACGGCGGCGAGGACGACGGUGACCUGGGCCCGCCAUCGUUGCACUACGAGGACGACGUGCCGUCGCACGUGCAGCCUCCGUCGUCGUCGUCCAGGCGGCCGGUGCAGCACCUGCAGACGGCCAAACCUCAACAGGAAUACGACCUGUUCGCCGGUCACGGGCCGUCGACCGCGUUCAGGCCCGCGGAAAACGCGACGGAAAAAUUCCCGGUGGACGCGCCUUCGUCCCUGUCACCGCCGGCGGCGUCGGACCGACCUGUCGCCGCCGAGAAACCGACCACCACCGACAAACCGUGGUCGGUGAUCGACAUCAACGCGACCCGCGUGAUCGGCCUCCAAGUGUCGAAAAUCGUCGACCACUUGACCUCGCCGGUGGUGCCCGCCUCGCCGAUCGGAGUGACCACCGAUCACGCCGCCGCGCCGACGACCAGCACUACGACCACGACCACUAGCACCACUGCUGCCACCACUAGCUCCAGCACCGGCACCACCAGCACCGGCACCAGCACGGCCGCAGAAUCGGCGUCCACGACGACGGCCGCUCGACCGGAACCCACGUCGGCCGGCGAACACGUGACCGGCGUCGGUUCGGCGGUCGUCGUGCUCGAGCCGUCCACUUCGGAGGAACCGCAUCGUGACGACGCGCACAAGCCCACCGACAACAAGUUGUCCAGCAAGCCCACGCCGCCCGUCAAGAAGACCCCACAACAGUCCGAAGGGUUCCCGUACUAUUCACGUCCAGGGAUCGUGCUGGACGAUCCGGAAUUCAAACCCCACAUCGGAGGCCAGAGACGUCCCAUUCAAGUGCAAGUACCCAGUAAAGGCGACGUGUUCGACAUAAUGGUGUCAGCCAUACAAGGACCGGGUGACAAGCCAGCACUGCUCAGUCCUGACGAAAUAUCUCCGUCGGGAGUCGGAAAAGGAGAAGUGUCCGUGAUAACGUCAGCAGAAGCGAACCAGCAGUUCGUGUCCAUCGACGGUAAACGAACGUACAUAAACUUAUUCGGUUCAGCGGAACCAACCGCAGUGGCGCCUCAGUCCAUAAAGCCGACCAGCGCUGCUUCCGGAUCAUAUUCGGUCAGUCAAGUGCUGCAGCCACACGGCGCGUCCAGUCCGUCGGGAUCACCGGCACCGUCACCGCCAAUCGGUGGUAAACCAUCAGCACCAGCCUGGAAGCGACCCACACACCCACCAGUGAGGAUCGACACUUGCAUCGUGGGUGAUGAUACGACAUGUGAUGCGGCGCAGCAUGAGAGGUGCCGAACUGAACUCGGCGUGUCCUCGUGCCUCUGCAGGCCCGGAUACAGCAGGCGAAAGCACCGGGACCCGUGUCACAGAAUCGUAUCCAUCGUUUUUUCGCUACGCGUUGAUCGGUUAUAUGACAAUAAGAUCACGUGGACAGAGAAAUACAAGGAUUCCGAGUCCCAAGAGUACCAACAACUUGAACACGAAGCAGUUAGAGCGAUCGAUUCGGCGUUUUCGAUGACACCGUUUUCGGAUACGUUCGUCGGCGUCAAGAUCAACAACGUGUACAUGUCCAAAACUACACCCGGCAUGCCGGUCAUGGUCAAUGCCACGGUACAGUUAACUGAGAACGCAGAACACUUGAGGUCGUCCGUCAAGCAGGACGUGCAAAAACAACUGACGGGCGCGCUGCAGAGGCGCAACAACAACGUAGGCACUAGUGGCCUGUGGGUGGAUUCGCCGGUCGGCGCCAUAUCGCAACUUCACGAUCUUGACGAGUGUAACAGCCCGGAACUGAACGACUGCCAUCCACUGGGCAAAUGCACGAACGUGUUCGGCACGUUCCAAUGCGCGUGCCCAGACGGCUACAGGGACCCGUGGAUCGGAAACGCUCAGCGAAGCGGCCGGACCUGCGAAACGUGCGACCCAGGCCAGUGCAACCUCAGGGGAGAAUGCUUCUUCCAGGCAGGACAGCCAGUGUGCAAGUGUUCGGGAUCGUUUUACGGAUCGCAGUGCGAGAUCGACGGCGAAGUGUUGAGCGUAGCAGUCGGCUCGUCCGUGGCCGCCAUAUCCAUCAUCGUGCUGACGUUGGUGUGUCUGUGCGCGUGGAGCCGCCGAUGGAACAAGGAACAGAAAGUCGGUUCGCCCGUGUUCGGGUACAUGCCGACCGGCGGUAGCACGGUGAAAACGCCAGUGAUCGGCGGACCGCCGUACCAGGUGUCCAUCGAGGACCGCAUGAGGUGGGCACAGAUCGCGGACGCCAUGGCACACGCCAACCACUAUGCCCCCGAACCGGUGAACGGCACCAUGCGGUCCAACAUGUUCGGGUACGCCGGCGCGCCGAUGCCGCUGCCCAGGCUCCGGCCGCCGGGCACGAGCACGAUUUCGCACGCAUUCCGCACGCCGGAGUCGAGCACCAGCGAGGAAGAGGACCGGACCGAUCUGCUAGGACGCAGCUUCCAGACUUCGUCCAGACCGAAAAGUAGAUCUUCCUUGGCCAAUCAGAGCGGAAUUUACUACGAUGUGGAUUACGAACAACAGCAGGGCGAAAUGACGUUCUCGCCUGGUUGCAUUCCGCUGAGCACGUACACCAUUGGCAGCCGCUCAAACUACUACCGAUGAUGACGAUGACGAUAAUGCCGACGACAACGAAAAUCUUGCGAUACAGUACAUAUAGAUGACGAAUAUCGCACGUGUACUGUAUAUAAUAUAUUGUUAUUAUUAUUAUUAUUAUUAUCAUCGUUUAAGCGACACAGACUGAGGACACAAAACGCGUUUACACGUAACCCAAUAAAAUAAUAAUAAUACACUUACACUGUUAUUGCUGUACACCCUACAUACAUACAUACAUAUAUAUAUAUAUAUAUAUAUAUAUAAUAUAUAUAUAUAUAUAUAUAUAUAUGCCAUUGAUAAAAAAAAACCAAACAUGUGUAAUGAUAAUUUAUGUUAAUUAUAAUUAUAUUUUUUUAUUAUGUUAAUUAUUUAUGUAUGAGCUAGUAUAAAACUAAGCGUCCGAACCGUAAAUUAUUAUAAACUAUAUAAUUAUGACUUAUGUUUUUUAUAAUGAAUACGACUACAAUUAUUAUAGUACCUAUGAUAAUAUAAUUAAUUGUAAAGUGACUAUUUGGACUCUGUGCUUUCGGUGUGAUGUCACUGACCGAUUGACUUGGUGAUGUCACCCCGAGAGCGGCCGAAGACAAUUUAUCAUCGUCAUCAUAAUAUUAUCAUAUGUAUAAAUGACGAACGUCACUCGAUAAAAUAAUAUGUAAUAUAUUUUGUGCUCGUUAAACGCAUUUUAUGCAUUCGCAGUUCGGUAAAUAUUUUUAAGCAUAUAGAAUAUUUGUACAAAAUAUAUAAUAUUACUUAAUGCAUAUGUAUAUAAAACAAUAAACGCGGAAACAUGUCCGAAACAUCUAUAUAUAAUUAUAAUUUAUAUGAACACUGUCAA